GUGCACUUUCCACUGAUUUCUCGACAACAGGUUACUGAAGUUUAUCCGAAUAGUGGUUAUGCGUUGAACUAUGUCUACGUUUCAAGAUUUUAUCAACCUGGGGAAGAAAUAUGGCCUUGAUGGAAGGGAGUUGUUGGUCUUCGCGAAGGAGCAACAAGCAGCGGAACGGCAGGAAAGAGCUGAAGCCAGAGCCCUGGAAAAAGCAAAGCUGGAGGCGCAGGAGAAAGCAAAUGAAAAUGCUAAAGAGAUCGAACUCGCACGAAUCGCUGCCGAACAAGAAGCUGCCAGGAUAAGGUACGAAUUGGAAAAGGCUAAGCUCGAGUGGAAGGCGGAAAAGGAAAGUAUACGUAAAGGUAAUCCUCACGAGUUGACGCCAGAGAACUUAACAGCAGCCAAUAUGAGCCAAACAGAAUACGAAGAUAUUGAUAUUGAAAAUAUGGUGGACAUGGUAAACCAAAUUUCGUCUUCAAAAGAGCCAUCAGAAAAACAAUAUGAAAAAUUAUACCAAGACAUAAAAAAAUUCUUCAAAGAAAAUCCAAACGUCAAAGAGGCCAUUAAAGCGUACUUCAGCCACAUUCUUCCACUAAUUUUGAGUAUGUGUCCCAACGAAUAUGACAAACAAAAGGUUUUUGAGAUUUUACUCUGUCUUUUUAACAAUGUAAAGCGACGCUUCCUAAAAAGAGCUUUUAAUGCCCUUCCGAAAUGCAGCUUUCCAGCUAAAGAGCUGUCCAAGGGCACAGCCGGAAAAUUUGCGGCGAAAGCAGGAUUAAGAGCGGCAGGUGUCUCAGCAUUGAUGGAAUGCUUUUUACUAUACACCGAGUACAACGAGAACAAGGAGCUUCUAAAGAGUGGAAAAAUCAGUGGCGAAGAAUCCCGAAAAAUGUUGAAUGGUUCCAUUGGUAAAUCUGUUUUGACGGUCGCGGGUAAUGGUGUAGCAGGAUAUGCCGCAGCCGCAGCCGCAGCUGUUGCAUCUGGUCCUGUGGGAUGGGCACUCGUUGGAGCUGUAAUGUUUGAAGGAUGCGUGUUCUCGUAUAUGUGUGGAAUAGUUGGUCGUGAUAUCGGUGAAAAAUUAUAGAUUGAAACAUCAAUAUAACCUACCUGCACUGCUGACACGUAAAAAAAACUUUAUAGACAAUGGAGAGUCAAUGUCUUGAUAUUUGUAAUUUUUUUGGCUCGCAUGAUCGCAUGAAUUGCUCAAACAUCAGUUUAUUCAUUGUAGAAAAAAAAACUGUACUAUUAGGGUAUAGAAAUGAAAGAAAGUUAUAGUGCUUA